AUGUUUGACUUCCACGUCAUGUUUGACUUCCACGUUAUGGAGUUCCUUAUGGACGACACCUGGAGCAUCUAUCAGGGCAUCGCGCCGCCGAUACAUGCCCCGUUCAAGGACUUUGUUGAACACUGCGCCGCCAUCAACUCCAAGGAAGCCGCCGCCUUCUGGAAAGGUCGCUUCAAGAAUGCGUUAAUGCCGGCCUACAUAGAAGCCGCCUGGGCCAUGACUGCCUCGGACUACACCAGCAACGACAGCGUCGCCUUCGGUUGCAUAUUGUCAGGACGUGGCUCAGGCCAGCCUGGCGGUGCAGAGACGACCUUCGGGCCUACCAUCACCACCGUCCCCGUGCAAGUUGAUCUGCGGCGGAACAUGACCAUCCAGCAGCUUGUCAAGGGACGGGUUGCCUCGAGGCGAGAGUUGUCUACGAGUCCCUUCUUACAGUACGGCCUCAGGAGAAUCCGCAAUAUCAGCGGCGACGCCCAGCAGGCGUCAAGCUUCCAGAGCGUGCUCAACAUCGUGCACCGCGCGCACACGGCAGGACUCGGCACGUCGGGCUUGAGCCUUGAUGCAUCGCACACCGAGGAGCCGCCCAAGCCGUACGGUCUUCUCCUUAUCUGUGCCCCGGGCGAGAAGCAGAUUUCAGUCAAGACGCUCUUUGACCCGGCCGUCCUUGCUCGGGAGCAGGUACACAGGAUACUGCGGCAGUUUGAGCACCGCCUCAGACAGCUUGUCACCUCUUCCCCGUCAACGCCGCUGAAGCGGCUGCCCUGCCUCAACUUUGGCGACACGUUAGAGCUCAUGGACUGGAACAGUCGAGGGUUCGCAACAGGUGCGCCUGUGGAUUUGUGUCUUCACAGUCGUGUCUUUGCCAGGGCUGCGGAGCAACCCAAUGCGCUGGCUGUCAAAUCCUGGGACGGCGAAGUAACGUACGCUGAACUGGUAACUAUGGUCGACAACCUCGCGCACGAGAUCUUGGCUGCCCGGCAGGGAGAGAUCACUGCCGAAGAGCCAAUAUGCGUAAUGCUCGGUAGAUCCCUGUCUCUGGUAGUAUCUCUGCUGGCCGUCAUGAGAACUGGAGGGACUUGUGUGCCCAUCGACCCGAACCUCCCCGAUGGCCGCAAGGAAACCAUCUUGCGGCAGUGCAGGGCUCAAUUGAUUCUGACCUCGUCCGAUUCUCUUCGUCAAGAGUUUCAAAAGGAUCACAUCACACACGCCGUUGUCCUCAAUCGGACCAAGGAUAAGACCAGGGUUCCUGGGUUCCCAGCCGACAUGGAUGUCAAUACCCCUUCGUCGAGGGCCGCAUACAUCUUGUUCACCAGCGGCAGCACGGGUCAUCCCAAGGGAGUUGUCCUAGAGCACCGAUUACUUGCGUCUUCCCUUACCGCUUGGGCGGACGUGUUGGGCUGGAGCAGGAACUCGACGGUUCUGCAGUUUUCAGUUCCAGCUUGGGACGCGUGCGCGCUCGAGAUCUUCGGCUCGCUCCUCGCUGGCGCGUGUUUGUGCAUCCCGUCAAAUCUAGACCGGGAGUCUGGCUUGGGAGUCUACAUCAGGUCCGCCCAGGUCAACUCUGCCAUCCUGACCCCGACAGCCUUGCGCAACCUCGCGCCGGAGGACGUGCUUCCCAGUCUCCAGACGCUUGUCUCUUGCGGUGAGCCCAUCACUCGAAGAAUCUUUGAGACUUGGAGCGACAAACUGCGGCUCUUCAACGCAUGGGGGCCCUGCGAGGGUUCAGUCGUCGCAUCCAUGGGACACCUCGCACCUGAUGCUCGUUAUCCUGACACAAUCGGAACGCCGGUAGGCUGCGCCGUGUGGAUCGUAGACCCGGAAGACGCCAGUCGACUUCUACCCAUCGGUGCCAUGGGUGAGAUGCUCAUCGACGGACCAGGCGUGGCGCGAGAGUACUAUCUGGCGCCCGAGCUGACCAAAAGCUCCUUCAUCAAACCCCCCUCCUUUGUGCCCAAACGGCAGAGUAGCCUUGGCUCCUCCUCCCAUCAUCUGUACCGGACCGGUGAUCUGGCCCGAUACAAUGCGGACGGCACCAUCGCCUUCGGCGGCCGACGAGACAACCAGGUCAAGGUUCGUGGCCAGCGUUUUGAGCUGGGUGAAGUCGAAUCCGUCCUAUCCAGUCACCAACGUGUCUCCAAAGUUGUGGUGACUACACAUCAGGCUCGCAACGGGUCUGCAAACAAAGACCUCGUCGCUGUUAUCAUACUCGACGACCAGCAUCUUGCGCGCCAUGAUAACGGUGCCAGUGAGUCUGGAAAGAUGAACAGAAUCCGUCUCGACGGUGAGAGCCGCAAUCAGCUGCAAGCUAUCCGAGAGUUUGCCGAGGGCUGUCUUCCAACGUUCAUGGUGCCCACCGCAUGGCUGGUUGUCAGCGACUUCCCACUCACUCCGUCCAGGAAGGUCGAUCGUAUCAAGAUCCAAGCCUUUCUGGAUACCAUCGACAUGUCGACCGCCCGCGCUGACGCUUUCCGAUCAAACCCCCAGGUAAAUUCGUCCCGGGCGGUAGACGAUGACCACCAAGUCCUCACGCCCCCGGUAAGUCCGGCCGAGGUGGCUCUACAGCUGGCGUGGUCAUCCGUGUUGGGGAUCGACCCGUCAAACAUUGGCCGGGAAAGCUCGCUCAUGCAGCUCGGAGGAGACUCCAUCACAGCCAUGCAAGUCGCGACGCGCUGUCGAAAGCAAGGCUUCCAGAUCGCAGUGGCCGAUCUGCUGCGCAAGCCCACCCUCGCGGAAGCCGCCAGGGAAGUCCAGCGGACUGCGCAAGAGACGCACUCCACGGCCAUACCAGUAAUGGAUGUGGUCGAGCAGUCUCAGCACCGCCCGUUGUCUGCCAUCCAGAAGUUCCUUGUUGAGGAUGGCGGCCCGGCCGCGCACAACCAGUUCAAUCAGGCAUUCCUGCUGGAUCUUCACCUGAGCAUGGCGGUAGCGGCGACGCCCACUCGCAUCCAGAAGGCUCUCGGCAAGCUCGUUGCGUAUCAUCCGAUGCUGAGAUGCCGCUUCUCCCGUGUUGAGGACGACCAGGGUAACAGUACUCUGACCCAGUGGAUUGCUCCCUGUGAACAACACCAAGACGGCGAAGCUACUUGGGGUUUCCGCGCACACCGCGAUGUUGACUCGCAAGCCGAUCUUGCGGCCAUCGUAUCCAGCUCUCAGUCGAGUCUCAACAUCGUUCAAGGGCCUGUCUUCGCUGCCGAUGUCAUUGUCAGUUCGCAAGGAAAGGUUUCGAUACUCCUAGUCGCGCACCACCUCGUUAUCGAUCUGAUGUCGUGGAGAAUUCUAUGGGAGGAUCUCGAGCUUAUCCUACAGGACGAUGCUUGCGUCCUGCCCCCAAGUCUUCCUUUCCCGGUCUGGUUACAAAGCCAACGCGACAUGCUGAAAAGCGGCAACUCAUCUUCCUUGUCAUCCUCCAAAGCGUCAUCGGUGUUCUCAUCGUCAUCGCCCUCGCCAGAUUCGGCAUCAUCGCUCUCGCGGGUCUCUUCGCCACCGCCGUCUCCGUGGCCCAAGGCUGACCGUCUUUUCUGGGAAAUGCACAACGUAACACCCAAGAUGAAAGAUACGCUGCGGAUGAGUUACACCCUGGAUCAGGAGCAGACGGCUCAAAUCAUGGGACCGGCUUGCAACUUGCCCUUAAAUACGACCCCAGUUGUUCUCCUGCUAGCGGCCGUCGUAUUGUCCUUCCGACGCGUGUUUCCCGAUCGAGGCGCCCCUGCGGUCUAUUGUGAAAGUCACGGCAGAGACAAAGGUUUCGCGAACAAGUCAGUUGAUACUUCACGCACCAUCGGCUGGUUCACCACCCUGUUUCCCCUGUCCUUGCAGGCUAUGGAAGCGGACAGCCGUGUUGAUGACGCAGUCAUGGUCAUCAAGGACGAAUACCUAGACACCUUACGGACAGCUACAGAGCAGUUCGCUUCGGAGGUACUUGGCGGGCAAAAGUCAUUCAAGAGAAGCGAUAUCGAGUUGAUUUUCAACUUUGCCGGCCGCCUGCAGCAAUUCACACGAGACGACGCUCUCCUGAAAAUUCGCACUGAUGGGCCCCCAGUCCACCUCGAAAAUGUCACGGGAGACUCUGAGCCGGUCGGUCUUUUGAGUCUUUUUGCCUCCGUCGGUGAGAACAACGAGCUCACGUUCACUCUUGAAUACGAUCGCCACAUGGCCCACCAAGACCGCGUUGCCCGUUGGAUACAACAGGAGCUGGGCAACUGCGUCCGCGAGAUGACAUCUACGCUUCCCGGAAGCCAGCGCCGCUUGACAGCCAGUGACUUACCACUUUUGAAGUUGGCAUCGGGAAGUCUUGAGCAUCUUCAUUCCCAGUUGGCGGGUCUACAAAUUGCCCAGGACAAUGUCGAGUCAAUUUAUCCGUGCACUGCGACACAGGAGGGCAUCCUUCUUGCCCAGAUCAGCGGACACGACUACCACAACCGCUUCUUAUCGAGGCUCACCUCGUCUGACGGCGAGAUCGAUCCGGAUAGGAUAGCAGAUGCCUGGAAAGCCGUCUGCAAGAAGCACUCUAUCCUGCGAACCGUCUUCACUAACGGCCUCUCGGACCAAGGCGGCUUUCAGCAAGUCGUUCCCAAAGAGCAUGAGCCAUCUGUUUCAAUUGAGCAGAUGCCGGCGGAUGGUUCGACAAUCAUACAGGUGUUGGCGUUGCAAGAGAAGCGGGCCUUGGACCCCAAGAAGCCACCCCAUCACUUAUCUCUCUUUCGCGAAUCAGCUUCUGUGGUAUACGCCGCCUUGGACAUCAGCCAUACAAUAGUUGCUGCGAGAACAUACCAGGACUUAUGGAGGAACGUCGGGAGGGAAUACUCACGAGCAGACAGGGGUAGCCGUGUCGCUGUCACCCCGGGCAGGCCCUUCUCAGACUACGUCGUCUGGCUGCAAGGUCAGGAACAGGAGGCACGCCAGCACUGGAAAGAGUAUCUAGAAGGCGUCAAGCCAUGCGUACUCCCUCUAGACCCGUCCGCUGCUUCGGACUAUCGUGCCUGGGGGCCCAUUGUCCCCUUCAACGAUGCUCGUCUGUUGAAUAGCUUCUGCAAAGGCCAGGGCAUCACGAGCGCCAUGGUCAUGCAGGCUGCGUGGGCUCUGGUGUUGUGGAAGCACACUGGCAACUCGACGGUUUGCUUUGUAGCUUCUCGAUCUGACCAAGAGGUACUGGCAGGCGUCGAUGACACGGCAGAGCUCCUAGGGCCCUGCAUCUCCAUGCUGCCUUGCAAGUUUUCCCUCGACAAUCCCGCCGCAAUGACUGCGAUGGAUGUGCUCCAUGCAGCUAAAACCGCCGCCUCCAGCGCGAUGAGCUAUUCGGGCUGCUACCUGGCAGAGCUGCACGAUGACCUGGGCCUGAGAGACUCGCCCUUAUUCGACACGGCCAUGACCGUCCAGCGUGCCUGGCCAGCAGACCUGGGCGGCGACGGCGGUCAUCUGGCAGUUGAGACGAUGGAUGGCGAAGAUCCGACCGAGUUCUCCAUCGUCGUUGGAGUUUCUUACUCGGACAGUGGACUCAUGAUUCGACUGGCACACGAACGUGCCCACGUUUCUGACCAGCUGGUCGGGCGCAUCGCGGACACCUUUGCGAGGGCCAUCGAAUACAUGAUCCAAACACCGCAUGAGCCCCUAGUCCAUCUUGACGAGCAUUCCUCUUUGCCAGCUGGGUCUCUAGAUCUCCUGAAGCAAUGGAAUGCAGAACCCCCAGCCGCGGCAGCGUAUUCAAAUGUCGUCAGCGCCUUCCAGGCCAUGGCCCGCUCGCAAGGAUCUGCCCCCGCUGUCUGCUCAUGGGACGGUGAUCUGACUUACAGCGAGCUGGAUCGUCUAUCCGAUCGCCUGGCGUACAAGCUUCAGAUCGAGCACGGCGUCCGAAGCCAGAGCGUGGUUGCCUUCUGCUGCAUCAAGGCAACGAGCGCCGUCAUCAUCAUGCUGGCCGUGUGGAAAGCUGGCGGCGCCUUCUUGGCGUUGGAUAUCAACCACCCACCGGAACGUCGAACGGCCAUUUUGAGAGAGACGGAAGCCACAUUGAUUCUCGUCAACGCACCCGAACGUGUUUCUACAAUGAAAAGCUGCUUUCCCGGCGGCGCCGUUGACCUCGUGGAUUUGACGGCCCUCGAAAGUUUCACACCAGACAAUUCCGCCAUCAUCGAUGAGUUGAGGUCCUUCACGAUCGAUCCACACCACGCCGGCUAUCUCGUGUACACAUCUGGAAGCACGGGGCGACCCAAAGGCAUUGUGCUCGAACACAAAGGCAUCGCUACAACCGCCCAGGAGAUACCGCGCAUCAUGGGUGUCACAUCGCAAAGCCGCAUUCUGCAGCUGAACAACUUGGUCUUCGACUUCGGUCUCCUAGACAUCAUAUUUGCCCUGUACAACGGAGCCUGUGUGUGUAUGCCGUCCGACGCGGAAGCGUCCGGUGAUAUCGCCGGUGCGAUACGACGCACCGGCGCCAACUAUGUGCAAUGCACGCCGACGUAUGCCACAUUGUUCAGCCCGCAAGACUCCCCGAGCGUACGAGCGGUGGUCUUGGGCGGCGAGGCUCUCAGGCAGGAGAACCUGGAAACCUGGGCCUCUCACGCUCGCGUCAUGGACGUGUACGGCCCAGCCGAGGUGGGUAUCUCGAGCGGCAGACCUGUUGCCGUUAGCGAGAGCGGCGCCAUCAUCCAGGACAUUGGUCUUCCCGUUGGCUGCCGAUACUGGGUUGUCGACCCGCAAGAUCACGAUGAGCUGGUCCCCGUGGGAACCACCGGUGAGCUCCUCAUCGAAGGACCUAUCGUGGCCCGCGGCUACGUGAACAGCCCCCAGGCAAUGGCUGCUGCCUUCAUUGAUGCGCCUGCGUGGACACGGCAUCCCGACCUUGCGCAUAUGGGACUCGGCCAGCGUCGCUUCUACAAGACGGGAGAUCUCGUCACGCAGAAAGCGGCAGACUCUUUUGUCUACGAGAGCCGGAAGGACACCCAGGUCAAGAUCAGAGGCCAGAGGAUCGAGAUGGGCGAGAUCGAAUACCACCUCAAUCGACAGACGACAGGAGACACUAAAUGGGUCGUCGACGCCUUUCUUGAAGGCGCAGGCCAAGAGAAAACUUUAGCUGCGUUUUGCCAAGUGUCGAGCAGAGAUGCCGCAACCCUUCCGGCGUCAGGGCUCGGCGACAACGUCCUCGCAGCCAUGCCUAAGGCGGCCGAGGCAGCCGCAGCAGCCCUUCCACAAGUGUUGCCGUCUUAUAUGGUGCCGGAAAUCUUCAUUCCUUUGCGAAAAUUCCCGGUAGUUGGGCCGAUGAAGACGGACCGUAAAGCUCUGCGCACGAUGGCGAGUGGCUUUUCUGCAUCCGAUAAACUUUCUUACCGUCUUGACGGACGGCAGCAAGACGUCAAUGUCCUGACACAGCCGAACGCUGCUUCUGGUGGAGAGCUGACAGAUCUCGAGCUGUUGCUGCAGCGCACGUGGGCUGCUUUGCUCGGUCUUCCGCCCCAGUCGAUCAGGCCCCAAGAUGACUUCUUCGUCCUCGGAGGCAACUCCAUCCGGGCCAUGCGUCUUGUGACAGCCCUGAGGAAGUCAAGGCACCGUCUCGGCGUCGUUGAUGUCUUCAAGCAUCCGACCCUAGCAGAGAUGGCGAUGAAGAUUGGCCAGCUUGCAGGUGACCGCAAGGCCGGUGUCUCGCAGAGGUCCGCCUCUGUGCGGCCGCGUGAUUUCCCACAUCUCGGCUUUCUGGCCAAGAAGAGAACGUGGUUGGACUCAUCAAAUAUCGAGGGUGUCUCUUUGGCAACAGAUCUCCAAGCGCUCAUGCUCGCCAUAGAGCAUGUUCCAGACUGCGGUACUAUGGUUGCAACUGUUACGCUUGAGCCUCUCAGCGGGAAUAAUCAUCAGAGCCUGGACCUUGCUAAGCUGCGAGAAGCUUGCGAGCAGGUCAUCCGCCACCAUGGCAUCCUGAGAACAGUCUUCAUCCAGAAUAAGCAGUCCCUGUUGCAGGUGACGCUGCGGAACCCGCCGGUGGAGCAGAUUCACGUGCUACGUGCAGGUGAAACGAGCCAGCACCGAGUCUCGGUAUCGUCGGAUAUGCUUGAUAUCCUGCCUCACUUUGACCUGCACAGCGACGAUAGCGGGUUGCUCUGCACCCGCCUCAAGCUGUCCAUCCAUCACGCUCACUACGACGCCGUCUCCCUGGGUCACCUCUUGGGAGAUCUGAAAACUGUCUAUGCCGGAACGGCCAUCGUAACGAGGCAUCCAAGCUUCCAUGAGUGGUCUUCGUACGUUGCCAAGGCUGACGGGGUAGUCGAAGGGCAAGAUUUCUGGAGAAAGUUGCUGAAUGGUUCCAUGUCUCACCCCUUGGCACCUAGGGGCAACACGAGGCAGCAAAAACGAUUGUCAGAUUCACAUCAAAACCAACACCUUGCGUCAUUCAAGGUGCCGACCGCGAAUCUUGCAAGCCCCAACGAAACUCCCGCAACGGUCUUGAAGGCCGCGUGGUCCUGUGUUCUCUCUCAGGUGCUCGAAAGCCCUGACAUCGUCUUCGGCUUUGUGAGUGCUAACCGCUUCUCCGGCACAUUUCCUCGCGGUAGCGCGGAGCAGGUGGCUGGGCCGUGUAUCAACCUGGUGCCUAUGCGAGCUUCCAUGGGCGAUGGCACCAAGUCCAUGACGUCUCUCGUCACGGAGCUGCAAGACCAGCACAACCAAACCCUCCCGUAUCAACAUGUCGGAUUCCGUUCUAUCGUAAAGCACUGCACGCAGUGGCCGACGAGCCGGUUUAACUCGGCUAUUCUAUUCCAAAACCACGAGUCAAUGGGCGAUAGCAUCAGGCUAGGAGAUACCGAGUGCGCAAUUAUCGGAGUUGGGCAAGGCGCAGACUCGGCUGACGUCUGGAUCUCGGCGGUUCCGGGGAUGGAUCAAACGCUCAGCAUUGAACUGAGGUUUUCACCGGUUAGGGUGCCGGUAGGGCUGUGCCAAUGGAUCUCUGGCUACUUCGAGAGCCUGUUGAACAAUCUAUCGGGGUCGUGGGAAAGGAUAAUACUUGACAUCCAUGAGGACGUUUUGCGCGCGUCCGGGCCCAACCCGUUGUCUCCUAUUCGGUACGAUAGAGACACAGCCAGGACAGCGGGGGCCGAUCCGGAGGAUGUUGUUGAUAGAGUGCUUCAGGCGAAGCAUUUUGAGUACCUUUGA